AUGGGCAUUGAAAUACGGCCCAUCACUUCAGCAGACAUACCCUCGGUGGUAGAAUGCAUCCAGCUUGCAUUCGCCGACGAUCCCUAUCAUCUGUGGGUCUUUGACGGUGCAAAGUUCGACAAGGAGCGCAACUUUGCUAGUCUCAAGGCAAAAUGUGAGUGGGGGAUGCGCAACGCAUUGUUCUUUGUGGCCAAGGACACAGAUGACAAAGAAGGCAGAGUGCUGGGAGUUAGCAUGUGGAUGAAACCCCGAAACAUCAGUGAGAAGCAGACCUGGUCCGAGUGGAUCGACGACUACGUCCUCUGGUUCAAGCAGGGGUGGAAUCUUGUCCGGUACCAGGGGCGUGGCGGGUUGAGGACGAAUCGGUACUGGAUCUGGAAGCGGGAGCAGGCCAUUGCUCAGUCAGAAAUCUGGACCGACCCUGAAGGGUACUACUUCUGCAAUAUUGUCACCGUUAGGCCGGGCAUCCAGGGAAAAGGAAUCGGGCGCCAGCUCUUCGAGAUUGUCACCGACAUUGCGGACAAAGAGGGUCGCCAGUGUUAUCUGGAAUCCUCCCGGGACAAGCCCAACAUUGCGAUAUAUGAGAAGAUGGGCUUUCGACUGGCCCGCAAGAUGGUCUGCGAGGAGGGAGGGGAUGUAUGCGACCUGUUCUGCAUGGUCAGAGAUCCACAGCCCAAGCCGUGA